AUGGUGCUGCCCCGGCUGCUGCUCAGGACCGGGCUCAGGGCGGUCAUCGGGUCUGUGGAGGCUGCACCCUGCGGCUUAAAGUCACUAAAGGGAAGCUGCCACAAAUUUUGUAUUGCUGUUUCUAAAGAUGUCACUUAUAAGGAACUUAAAAAUCUGUUGAAUUCAAAAAGCAUUAUGUUAAUUGAUGUUAGAGAGACAUGGGAAAUUCUUGAGCAUGGAAAAAUCCCUGGGUCUGUCAAUAUACCAUUGGCUGAGGUAGGUGAAGCUCUACAGAUGAACCCAAGAGACUUCAAACAGAAGUAUGAUGAAGUAAAGCCAUCCAAAUCUGACAGUCUGGUGUUUUCUUGUUUAGCUGGGGUGAGAAGCAAGGUGGCUCUGGACACAGCAAUAUCUCUGGGCUUUAAUAGAUCUCAACACUAUGCUGGAGGAUGGAAGGAAUGGGUAACCUGUGAAGUUUCAGAGAAGAAAUAAGGAAAUUGAAUUUUGGAAUACAAGUUCGAUCUUCUCUUGUGUACAUGCAGCCUAAGGUAGUGGAAUGAGCAAAAGAAUAAAAAUCUAUUCCUGGUACCACUGAUUAUGGCAAGGUGAUUUUGUGUAAACCAAUUGUUGAAUCUUUUUCUCAUCUGUAAAUUGAGAAUACCACUCUCCCCUGCCUACUUUCAA